AUGACGACGAUGGUGUACGACACCGUUUACGCCGAUGCCACGUGUGCUGCGGGCUCGCUCGUCUCUCUCCAAGCACUGCUCACUGGCAAUGCGACGUCCACGGACGACACGCUUCUCCACGCAUGCAACGGGACGGGCAAGGCGACGCUAGCGAGCAUGCCAAGCUUCCUCGACUUCUACCCCAACAAACGAUACAUGCCGCUACUAGCCAACUCGACCUUGGAGAGCGCACUGCUCGAUGCCACGUGUCUUCGCAGUGCCGCCAAGGGCUUCGUCUUGGCCAACUGCACGGAUGCGACCAUAACGACCUUCAACGACGCAGCAUGCAGCGAUGUCAACAGCACCACGAGUAGCAACACGACCUGUACAAUCCGUCAUGGCCGGGCGCAUCUCUUGACGUUUGCAUCCGCCAACUGUUCGGGGCCGCUAGUACGAGCCGUCUACAACGUGUCCAUGGACAGAGCGUGGCCGACAACGUGCCAAGGUCAAGACCUCGCCGUCGUGGAAGACACGGCGCUUGCAAACUACUUUGAGCUAGGCGCAAUGUACGCCGAGAACAUGCGUGGAACGAGCGUCGUCUUGGACCAGGCGUGUACGCCCGCACCCAGCGCGAAUGGCGCUCUCUCUGCGAAUGGCUCGACGUGGCUUGUGGCCGACUGCACCGCCAACACAACCACAUCAUUUUCAGAUGCCAACUGCUCGGUGCCACUGGAUGAGGUGCUGCCACCUCCUCGCUCUUGCAGCGUGCGCGUGCCAUACAUCACCGCGUGGGUCAAGACAUACGCGGGUGCCAAUUGCACGGGCACGCUGCAUGCCGCCGUCCGCAAGACAACGCUGGCGCCGACCACAGCCUUCACUUGCGUUGGCACCGCCGCGAUAUCUCGCUUGCCCCCCAACGCGUCCGAGUUUGCCGCCAACGCGCAGUACGUGGAGCUACGCGAGAACGGUUCGGCAGAGGCGUUCUAUCUCGUCAACGACUGCGCUGGCGUCGACACCGGCUACGCCACUGCUGCGUGCAAUGGCUCGAAUGGCACGGUCGCACAUUUUUCAGAGCCCACGUGCGCGAACGCUACGUCCCCCGACUCUGGUAUUUGCAGCGUGUUGAACAUCGUUGAAACACUAGCGCCGACCACUCCGCCGCCGACCACUCAGCCGCCGUCGACCACCACCCCGCUGCCGUCAACUACCCCGCUGCCGUCGACGUCCCCGCCACAAACGACGACCGAUCGCCCGACAACAAGUACGCCAUCGUCGCCGAAACCAACGCCAACGACCGCCGCGACAAGCGUAGCAAACAACAAGAGUGCACUCAACAGCGCAAGCAGCGGUAUCACGGGCUUCGUUGCAAUCGUCGCGCUUCUGGCCGCCGUGGCACUGGGCGUCGCGUACUUCUUCUGGAAGCGGUGCCGGACGCGGUCCGCGUACUUUUCGAUCAACCAGCUCUCCGAGCAAUAG